AUGGACAGCCCCGUCUCCGGAGGCACCGUUCGAGUCUCGCAAGGAAAACUCACAGUCCUAGCAGCUGGUACAGAAUCAGCAUUACAACAAGGCCACGAGGUGCUCACGCUCGUUUCGGAAAAGUUAUACAUCAUACCCGGUGGAAUCGGCACUGCGGGCAAUGUGAAGAUGAUCAAUCAACUCCUCGCCAGAAUCCACAUCGCCGCGGCCGGCGAAGCGAUGGGCCUCGCCGUAAAAGCCGGACUGAAUACGCGGCAAGUCUACGAUAUAAUCCUGACUGACAUCAGGGAGCAGCUGGAUGUUUGA